GAAGUCCCGUAUCUCCGGCUCUCCGGGUACGGGCAGGGAGAGAGAGUCGCAGGCAGAGGUAAGCCAGAGACGGUACGCUGUGGGGCUGUAGCUACGGUGUCAGCGGCAAGUAUGAGAGGAGACAAGUUUACGAGCUGAAGCUGGCUGAUUGACAGCCUCUGUCGCAUUCUGUGGAGGGACCACUCAUACCGGCGGACGUCAAGAAGUCGCGGUGUAGUCUGUGCGACUGAAACACCCCACAACUAAAACAUUAAAAACAACUGGUGGACACACGGGGUUUGUGGAUAGACAUUGGCAGCGGCGGCAGGAGCAGGGAGAGAGUGUGAGUGCUUUGGCGGCGGUCCCGCUGCUAGAGAAACAUGAACAAAAACCACCGAGUGCCGAGCAGCCGUUCUCUGAAUGCAGUGGAGGUGAAGAGCAAGUUUGGUGCAGAGUUUCGUCGGUUCUCUCUGGAUCGGUCCAAGCCAGGCCGCUUCGACGAGUUCUACGGUCUCCUGCAGCAUGUGCAUCGCAUCCCCAACGUGGAGCUGUUGGUGGGCUAUGCUGACGUGCACGGUGACCUGCUGCCCAUCAACAAUGACGACAAUUACCACAAGGCCAUCUCCACAGCUAACCCUCUACUCAGGCUGUUCCUCCAGAGGAAAGAGGAAGCUGAUCAUGGAACAUUUGGUACCGAUUCCCUGACCAGGAAGAAGAACACUGUGCUUUCUGCGGUUCUUUUGCGGCCUGAUCACAACAAGAAAAAACCUCCAGUCAUCAUCAGCCUCCCUAAAGACUUCCGGCCUGUAUCGUCCAUCAUCGACGUCGACAUCCUCCCGGAGACGCACCGACGUGUUCGUCUGUACAAGCACGGCCAGGAAAAACCACUGGGUUUCUACAUCCGCGAUGGCUCCAGUGUACGGGUCACCCCACAGGGCUUGGAGAAAGUCCCAGGAAUAUUCAUCUCUCGCUUGGUGCCAGGCGGGCUUGCGGAAAGCACCGGCCUACUGGCGGUUAACGACGAAGUGCUGGAAGUGAACGGUAUCGAGGUUGGUGGGAAGUCGCUGGAUCAGGUGACGGACAUGAUGAUCGCCAACAGCCACAACCUCAUCAUCACUGUAAAGCCUGCCAACCAGCGGAACAAUAUCGUUCGUAGUGGAGUAGGCGGAGGAGGAGGCGCAGCAUCUGGUAGUUCAGGACGCUCAUCAGACAGCAGCGCCAGCUACUACGGCUACUCGUCACACAGUGCUGCAGCCUCUAUACCACCACACAUCAUCCAGAACUUCCCCGUCGGGGAGUUGGAGAGCGAUGAAGAUGAAGAGGACUUGGUAAUCGAGGCAGGAGGCGAGGCUGAGCCAAUCAGACAUAUGGCCUCCAACCACAGCAUGAGCUCAUUGCCUCGUUACGAACCACACCUCAACCUCCGCACCGCUACCACUUCCACCUUCUCCAUUAACACCAAUGGAACCCUGCCCACCAGCGGCAGCAGCAGUUCCCUAAGCAACAUCAAGGCUACCACGCCGUCCCCAGACAGAGCCAUGGAGAGGGGGAGUUUGGAGGAGGACGGUACUGUUAUAACGCUGUAGACUGGACAUUCUGCACAUUUCACACACUACACACUGGAGAACAGAGAAAUAAACACUCUUGUAUUUUAACACACAUUUGGAGGGUUGGUGGAGAAAUCAAAUAAAACCCAGGAACGUACAGUUCCAUCUCACAGUGACUAAACCUGAGAAGCACAAACAUACGUCUGCGUAUUACAUCUCGACCUACUAAAGAUUUGUCCUUUCACAUCAAACACUACACCCCCAUACUUUGCUCUUCUGAAUGCCAAUGACCACAUAUUUGUGCCAUAGCAAUGACAGCCCCCAUUUCUGGUUCUGCAGGCAUAAAAACAACAACAACAAAAAACUGAAAGUGUCCACUGUCUCUGUUUUUUCUAAACGCACCUGUUUUUAAUCCCAUAACUGUUAUUGCGCCGAACUUCCUUUAGCAGGCAGAGAUAGGAAGCCCAUCCUCACAUAUUUCCUCUUUUAAGUUACGCUAACAAGUUAAUAUCACUCGUAAAGCAAAAACACUCUGUUUUUGUUUUUUCUUUUUGUCUUGUCACUCUACUCACAGCAUGAGUGCAGAAUUUUUCCUCACAAGGCAGUAGCACAGCAAACAACUAGAUGCUGGGCUCUGGAAAAAAACAUAUAUACAUAUAUAUAUAUAUAUAUAUAUAUAUAUAUAUAUAUAUAUAUAUACACACACAUCUAUAUAUAGAUAUUUUUGAGGACAAUCCCAUAUAGAAGAAGUCUUUUUUUCUUUGUCCUGGCUCAGAUGGUGUUAAACACUGCUCUCUAUACUUGAUGUGACAAUGACUGAUAAUGAAAGAUCGGCAAUUUUGAUAAAUAUUUGCACAGCUUGUCCUUGGGCUUUUCCUAUCCUGUCUUUAUUAUUAUAUUAUUAGUAGUAAUACUUGGAUCCCACAAGUGACAGUGCUGUUUUUUAUUUGACCAGUUGGAAGUUGUUGGACUAGGAAAUCUUCUAGUUAAUUUCCCUGUUGUAUUUAAUUCAUACUGAACUUUUCCUUAUCACGACACGGGCUAUUUCCCCUGCUGCAUGUAUACAGAAGAAACAAUGUGAAUGGGAUUUUUAAUUUAGUUUGCAAUAGUGUUCCCCUCUUCUUUCUUUUUGGACCAUAACUCAGUACAUCUAAUCUCAGUGCCGUCUCAUUGCAACAUGUCUUGCUUUUCAUUGUAUCUUCAUUGUUAUUGAAUUCAGUUAAUCACUUCAGAUAAUGUAACUUAACAACUCUAUAUACAGUGGCUACUAAAUAUAGACUUUUGGCCUAAAUGGGACCAGAAUAUGUCAACUUUAACAUGAAGGAGUGGGUUAACAGGAAUGGCCCACAUAGUCAGAAGUGAAAAACUUCCUGGUUCCAAAGUACGCCCUGGUCGGACUGAGUCACGGUGAAACAAACACACACGCAGGGCAAAAGCUGAUUCACUCUCUGUAUUUGAUAAAGGUGAGGCAGGGCUGGCUUGUGUACAGAAUAUCUUGGCCCUGACCUGCAUUUUUGUGGUUUCAGUAGGAUGAUUGCUUUUCUUGCCUGUAAUGAACGUCCUUUGAGAAAGUCCUCCAAAUAUUCAUCCUGCCUCACAUUUUAUUUGAAAGCUUUUAAACAGACAUUUGUGAUUGGAGCUAUUUGAUUCACUCACCUUUACUUUGAUUUUUUUUCUACCUUUCAGUUUGAAUUCACUCAGACAUUUCACAAUGUCUGAGUGAAGAAGUAAUUCUCUCACAGUUCCUGUUCAUAAAGCAGAUCCACAACAUUUAUUGAAAGCACACUAUAGAUCCACCAUUACCAUUACAAGCUGCUGCCUCCCUGAAGUGAGAGCAGAUGGUCUAUUAUUUCUUUCAUUGAUUUUUUUUUUCCUCUUAAAAGUUUUAAACCUGACUUUAGCAUGGAUUUUAUCUCACCCAUAAUAUCAUGGCUGGCACACACUGCACUUCCAGUAAAACACCACUGCACUAAUGUUUAUCAUUUGUAGCUCUGUUUAUUGUUUAUUACACAGUGAAUCAUUGACUAGAAACCUUCACACAGGUUUUGUAUAACUACCCAGUUGUUUAUUGUAACUUAUAUGUGUAAGGUACUGUGCUUUGGGCCUUUUUAUGGUACAACACAUUCUGGUGGGACUUGUCUUCUUUCAUUCCCGAUCUUAAAGCACAGCGAUGAGUCGUACUUUGGAUGGAAGGCUUUUAGAAGUCACUGUUAAUUUAUUUCCUCUACCUUUACCACAGGACACUGGGAUUGUAACCACAGCAACAUUUUUAUUUAUUCUCUAAUCAGAUGUCGGCAUAUUUUUCUUUCUUUGUACACAUUUUAUGACUUUAUUUUUAUAACUGAUAUAUUGUUUAUUUGUGAUUGUUGUUUUUGGUCAUAAAUCUCGCGGUACAGUAGAUUUUUAUUGUCCAUUAGAGAUGAUUUCAGUAGGUGAUUUUACGGUUCUGGCUGAAGCAACAGGAGAGUCUGUGCAAGACAUGACACCAUUAUUGUUUGUUUUUUUCAUACUGUGAAUUAUGAUUUCUGUGGAAGAAAAACAUGUGUUAAAGCAACCUUGAAACAGGCUAAAUGUUUUACUCUGUCAGAAUUUUUUUAAGUGAUCGAGCAAUGAUUGUUGCUUGCCAGAUAAAUUCUAUGUUUUCGACUUGUAAUGAAGAUUGUCUGUCAGUAUUUUCAUAUUGAUGCUUAUAUAUAUAUAUAUAUAUAUAUAUACAUAUAUAUAUAAUGUACAUUUUUCACAGAAAAUGAAAAUGAACUGAAGAUGUAUGAAUAGAUGUACACCUGUAACUGCUGAUUGGAGGAACUGGAUAAAAUAUAAAAUAAACUAAUAUGUAGCAAUA